UCCUCUCAUAUCCACUCAGGUAUUAUGUGGACAUUUUACAACAUUUUUUUAAAGAAAUGAAUUAAUAAAUAACGCAAAACUAGUGCAAAUUGACAUGCACACUCCUUACUGUAGAUGUCUCCAGAAUCCACAGAUAUAAUUUCACAGCUCCAUACAUAAACCAUAGAAGAAAAUAACCAGGAAAUAUUACACUUCAGCAUGAGGAAUUCCCACUGUUUUCCCGAGAGAGGUUGAUGUCGAUGGAGCUGCCAGCAACACAGAGAGGUGGGAACAUAAACUACGCGGUCAUUAGGUGUGAAUCACUCUCCGAUCUAAGCCCUUCUGUUCAAUGAAGAUGGAAAAGGUGAUCAACUGUUUCAAGAGGAGACCCGAGGCUGUGACCCGGCUGAUCUGUUUCCCCUGGGCAGGUGGAGGGUCCAUACACUAUGCACGCUGGGGAAACGUCCUCAACAGCUCCAUAGAAGUGUUUGCUGUCAAGCUCCCAGGCAGAGAGAGCCGAGCCAAAGAGCCCUUCUUUCAGGACAUGCAGCAGAUUGUGGACGAGGUUAUUGGUGUGUUGUUACCGGUGCUGAAAGAGAAGCAGUUUGCUCUGUUUGGCCACAGUUUUGGUGCCUUCACGAGCUUCGCCGUCGCAGAUGCUCUGAAGAGACUGCACGACCUCGAACCAGUUCACAUCUUCCUGUCUGGGGCCUCCGCGCCAUAUUCAGAGACGCGUAUCAACGCCCCGAAGAGAAGCAGCUUAUCCGACAAGGACUUCCUCCAGUGGAUGAGUUCCAUUGGAGGAACUCCUCCUGAGCUGCUGGCAAACCCUGAAGUCCUGAAGCUCUUCCUGCCUGCCCUGAAGGCCGACCUGCACGUCGUGGAGAACUACAGGUGCAACAAGCCGGACGAUCCGUUCCUCUCCUGUCCAGUCACGUGCUUCGAUGGAAAAGAUGACGUUCCUCAUGACUUACAAGCUUGGAAAAGCAUCACAUCAGGAGAUUUCACCGUCAGGAUGCUCGAUGGAUCUCACUUUUACCUGAAGGAUUCUGCAAAUGAAAAAAUGAUCUUAGACUACAUCACGAAGCAGCUGGAAACAUCAGAAAUGGACUAUUUAUAACGAAACGUGCAGUCACUGUUUAUUGUGUCUAAUGACUCUAGGCUUUUACUAAUUGAUUAAGGCCGAUAUUAAUUCUGUAUACAUUUCAGAAGUGCCCCAUUUUGUCAGUUGGCUCCACGUCUGUCAACAUUGGGGCAGUUUGUAUUAAUAAUGAAUCUUGAUGGGUGUUUUUGUGAUUUUGAAUCGAUUAACAGGUCAGUUUAAGCAACAGGAAAUAGGAAGAAGGUAGUGAAAAAUGGGUGUUUAUUUUUUACUGUUUUACUUUUAUAUAUCAGGUGCAUCACAUAUUAAUUAACACCAUGUUAAUGUAAAUAUGCCAGACUUUGCUGAAAGGCUCAUUUUGAUCUGUAGUUCAGUUUUAGUUAUUUCACAAAAAAACAGUCCACGUUUCUCAUGUUGUCUUGAUAAAUGAAUGAAUCAAUGAUUAAUAAGUUAAAAGUUAACGAGGUGACUCGUCACUAAUGCACAGUAUAACAGACUCCA